AAUGCAUUUGAAAAGGCACAGUAUUGGUUUCGCCGGAGUUGGGGAAAGAGAGAAGCGAUCCAGCGGCUGAGAUGUUCCUGCGUGUGAUCGGUCGGCCAUUGUUGGCCAAGGUGAAGCAGACGACUGGAAUCGUUGGGCUAGACGUGGUCCCGAACGCGAGGACGGUGCUAAUCGAUCUGUAUAGCAAAACGCUAAAGGAGAUCCAGGUGGUUCCGGAGGAUGAAGGCUACAGGAAGGCCGUAGAGAGCUUCACGCGCCACCGCCUCAAGGUGUGCCAAGAAGAAGAGGACUGGGAAGCGAUUGAGAAGCGGCUUGGUUGUGGUCAGGUCGAGGAGCUCAUCGAAGAGGCUCAAGAUGAGCUCACUCUCGUUGGCAAAAUGAUCGAAUGGGAUCCUUGGGGUGUUCCUGAUGAUUACGAGUGCGAGGUCAUUGAGAAUGACGCGCCGAUACCGAAACAUGUUCCACAGCACCGUCCUGGGCCUCUUCCCGAAGAGUUCUACAAGACCCUCCAAGCUAUAAACUCAGAAUCCAAAACAGAGAUUCCAGCUGCUAGGUCGAGCGAGCCACAAUUGAAGGAGUAGCUUCAAGUGUUGAAAUUUAUCUGCCGGUAAAGUUUCUGUCUCCAUCUCUUGCUGUUUGUCUGUGUUGUAUUUGGUUGCUGAUAAUAAUCUUUAUACUAAACGAUGUUACCAGAGGUGUUUGGUAAAUUUUAUUUUAACAAUCUAUGAAAUAUAAAAACCGAUGCUUCACCCUUA